AUGCUGCGGCAUUGCCAAAAGCAAGGCACACCCAAGAUUGUCGUGCGUUUGUUGGCGAUGAAGGGUGCUCUCACAAAAUGGUGGGACUCCCUCCCGAGUGAUGCUCUAAACGACCAAACGCUGGAAUCCACGCAUGUUCGCUCGGCAAUGCAUCUAAGACUGGAAUACUGUUUGAUUCGGAUGUUUGUCGGAAGACCCUUCCUUCUCAAAAAAGAAACGUCAGACGACUCCAACACAAGUUCACCUGCUCCUUCGAACAAUACCACCGAAAGUCACCCCAAGGGAACCGAGGGAGGGUCACAUAGAUCCACGCUAGGCCGAAACGACUUAAUCAAUGACUGCAUUCAGGCCGCGAACGAGGCACUGGAUAUUUGCCAGCGAUUACGAGAUAGCGGAAUAGGUCUUGCACGAGCCUCAUACAUCGAAUAUAGCUCAUGUCGGGCGUCUUUGCUCGUGCUGAUUGCUUACUCAAUCCAAAAUUUCUCUGAGCAAUUCCGCAAGCCCUUAUGGGACGGAUUGGCCAUGAUUCGCGAAAUGUCAGCGGCAGGGGAAUCGGCGAGAUCUGAAGUGUCAUUGAUUGAAUCACUCGAGCGGGCGCUUGCUCGCUUACACACUGCAGCAAAACAUAGGCAGCUGGGACAUAUUCAGGGAAAGCCCAUGUCGGAUUACGAGGCUUUCAAGAAAUGGGGAGCAAAUUUGGGCGAAAGAAGCGAGUCGCGCUCGUCUGCGUCGGCUCCAGAUCCUCUGGCUUGCCAGGUUGGAGAAACUGAUCUAUCAUCUAGUCAGCCUAUAGCCUUGGACUCAUAUUCCCAUCCGUCGUUCACCUUUGGUGGCGAUAUUUUCAAUGGCAUCGAUCCUUCGAUUGAGAUGUCUAUGUUUGGCACCGAAAAUUUGUCUCCCUCCGUCGGGUGGCCUACAUACAACGAGGCACAGGUGCUUGGGCAAUUUCUCACAAAUCCUAACUUCGUGACCGAUGAAAGAAUAUGA